CACUUACCAACGUUUACGUCAUGUUAACUAGUGGACCAUGUAAAUUUUAAAUGAAAAUUCGUAUUUCACGUAUAGAGAAUAUCGCACACAAUUUGGUUGGUUAGGUGCAUUUCUUGUCAGAAUUUAUUUGAGAAUGGGUGUUUUGUGUUUUGUGAAUCAUAUUAACUGAUAUCCUUUCUUGUAUAUUAACCAGUUCCCACAUAUUUUGAUAAAAAUGAAUGACCUGGAUAAACAGUUGGCAGAGUUAGCAUUAAUUAAUAAAGCAGAAUUACUUCCAAAUCCAAAAUUGGAUGGUCAAGGAAUGAAAGUUGGCCCAGCUGUUCCUCCAAAACCUGAGAAACAACAACCACUGAUACCUCAGUCAUAUCCACUGAAGAAAAAUGUAGAGCCUAGUUAUUCAUCUCGUAUACAGUCUAAUCAGUUUUAUUCAAACUUGCCUCCAAAUAAUCAUUCCCAUUAUUCAAAUACAGCAACUCUUAAUUCAAGUAAUAAAUUGAAUCUGCACAACAGUAAUUAUGCAAAUUUACCUCGCACAAUUGAUGAUCAAGCAGAAUAUUCGAGAAGUGUAUCUGCAUUGAGUAAUAAUUCAUUACCAAGAAGUUCUGUGAGUUACGGAACUGGUUAUGCCACAAAGAACACUAGUUCAGUAUCAACUUUGAAUAGCACACCUAAACCAUACGAUGGUAAUAAAUCAGAUGUUGCAUAUAGUAACAUUCAAAUUCAACCUUCAAGAAACCGUGAUGGUCUGAUAUAUUCGAAUUUAGCUCAUCCGUCCUCAGAUAGGGCUGUUUACAGUAAUUUGCCACAAGAUGGUGUGACAUAUUCGAAUGGAGAUGAUUUCCCUCCACCACCACCUCCAUUAGACUUGUCAUCUGGAUUAGGUGAUUACGCUCCAUGUACUGUGAACACAAACUUACCGCCACCUCCAGAUGAUUUGUUACCACCACCAUCGCCAGUGAGUUCUAGCUAUAGCGAGUUGAGAAGAGCCACACAACCAGGUUCAGACUUUCACAACUACAGUAUGGGCUCACAGGUUUCUUCAACAUACGAAUCAAUUUAUGAACCUAUAAAUCCAAGGCCUCCAAGUCAAAUGUCUUCAAGAUCAAAUUAUUCAAUAUAUGCCCCUUAUAGUGGUCCGAGUAGUACACAUACAGGCCCUAGUCAGUCAGUAUCCAGAAUAGGCCAUAAUAAGGAGCAGGAAGUUGAUAGUUUAACAGAUAUGUUGGUUCAGGGUAUGGUAGGAGCCAAUCCAGAGAUUGAGGAGGAUGUUUAUGGUAUAUGUGUACGAUGUGGUGAAAAGAUCGUCGGUGAAAAUAGUGGAUGCACUGCUAUGGAUCAACUAUAUCAUAUUAAAUGUUUCACCUGCCACCAGUGUGCUAGAAAUCUCCAAGGAAAGCCUUUUUAUGCUCUCGAUGGGCAUCCUUAUUGCCAAGCAGACUAUUUGAACACUCUAGAAAAGUGUUGUGUUUGUCAGGAACCGAUUCUUCAUAGAAUCUUAAGAGCCACUGGGAAACCCUACCAUCCAGGAUGCUUUUGCUGUGUUGUUUGUGGAAAGAGCCUUGAUGGAAUACCUUUUACAGUUGAUGCAACUAAUCGAGUGCAUUGUAUUGAAGAUUUUCACAAAAUCUUUGCACCAAGGUGCUGGGUAUGUAAACAACCAAUAAUGCCAGAGGCGGGGAAAGAAGAAACAGUUCGAGUGGUCGCUUUAGAUCACAGUUUUCACAUACAGUGCUACAAGUGUGAGGACUGCGAUCUUGUUUUAUCUUCGGAAGCAGAGGGUAGGGGAUGCUAUCCACUUGACGGUCAUGUGUUGUGUAAAAGUUGUAAUGCUAGGAGGGUGCAAACUCUUACAAGGCAUAUGACUACUGAGCUGUAAUAAAAAAAUAUCCCAGUAUUCUAGAGCAUUUAUAUAAAAAUAUAUAGCUAUUGAUCACUUCCGAGUGAUUAGUUCAUUCUAAUGUUUAUUGUUACAUCUUACAAGUUUAAACCACGAUUUCUUGCUAUUUACAUCUAUUCUAGAGUUUAUGUUAUUGUUAUUUCGGUUAACAAUUUAAAUAUACAGGAUGUGCCAAAAACUGUUAUUUUUCAUUUGAUGGGAACAUUUGGCGCACCCUGUAUACACUAUACAAGGUGUCCCAGAUUUUAAUCGGGAAAAUUUAAUAGAUGAUAGAACUUGCAAAAAUAAAACAAAAAGUUCAU